GGCACGUUUCCAUGAUCGAAUUUACCAUAAACUCUUAACUUUUGUACAGCCAAUUAUGUAGCAAGUUGCACAGCUGCAAGGCUGUGCUUUUUAUUUUCUGUUAUUGCUGGAGGUUGAUUUCUCCACACACAAGGACUCUGCCUUUACCAUAACACACACUCCCGCUACAAUGAGCGAAAAGAGUAAUCCUCCUCCUCCCGUUCAGACCACAGACCCGUCUCCCCCCGCAUACGAUGGCCAUCCCCAAAUCCCUAUCGCCGCGCCUUUACAACCUCUGCCACAGACCACCGGAGCCGCUGUUCCAGCCGCGCAGCCUGUUCCAUUCAUGCACUCUGUUCCACCUAUCAACGGAGCGUCUCAUGGCACUCCUCCAUUGAUGUAUCCUCCGCAACCACCCCAAGUCGCCGUUCCCGGUCAACAGGUACCUGUGAUGCUACCAAACCAGCCUAUGUACGUCGCCCAACCCCAACCCGGCGUCCAGUACGCCAUGUACCCGGCAACCGUGGCACCAAGUGUAUCAAUCGCUGUGCAGCAGGGCCUUCAUUUUGACGAGAGCAAGCCGCAAAUCAUGGUUUGCACAAGAUGUCAAGAAAAUGUCACAACAAGGGUUGCUAUGGAGGCUGGUCCUUUUACAUGGUUAAUGGCCGGUCUCAUUUGCGUUAUUUGCUGCCCUUGUGCAUGGAUCCCGUUUGCGUCUGAUACCUUUCAGGACAAGCAUCAUUACUGCCCGAAAUGCAACAGCUCCUUGGCAGUCUUCAAAAAGAUGUAAAUUACGUUUGGUUGAAGGACUUUUGACAAGUCAACGUGGAUAGAUAUACUUUUAUUAAUCAUGUAUUGCAUACAUAAUAGCCUCAUGGAUCAGGCCUCUAUGAUCUGGA